AUGUGCAAUCCCCGCUAAAGAAUUUUAAGAUCAACAUAGGGCAUUAGACCAUCCCCUAUCCAUAUCCACUAGUCUCAAACAUUUAUUGAAGUCUGAGCUGAAAAACUGUUCAUAUUUAAAGGUUAUCCGACCAUUAUACAUAUAUAUAUUUACAUCAAUUUGAUACGGUACAACUAAUAACCAAAAACACCAUCAAACAUGUCAUCAUUCGAAGAAUUUCUGAAUCAAAACAAUGUAAAAUGGCUGAAUAAUGAAGAAGAAACAUACGAAAACUAUCCCAAAUCAUGUGUUCCAUUAGUUCUAAAUUCCUGUUCAGGAAAAAAGGCCAAAAAAUGUAUGUUUGAACAACUAGACACAUCUAUAUAUGAAAGCAGUGCUCGAAUGGUUGCAUUCAAAACCUCCACACAACGUGUACACCCUUGGAUUCGGGCAAUGUGGUUAUUUUAUUAUGAAUACUUAGGCAUACAAAAUUCCUAUGAUGUAAAAUGGUCUACAGAGCCUACUUCCUGGCGACCAACCAGUAAAGUACAACUUAAAAAAAUUAUGACUGAAGUGUCAAAAAUUGAGGACAGUUCAGCAAACGAAAAUCUAACUCAGUUUAUGAUCACCAUAUAUCCUACUACUGGUUUAAUUGAAGUGCAGGGAAAUGCUUAUCAGUCAUUUGUAACUAAUGAUUUCCCUUUAUUACUCAAGUGUGUCAACAAAAUGAUAAUCAAUCAACAAUUCACAAGCACGGACACAGAUGACCCAAAUAACAAUGCUAAUAUUGAUCAAGAGGAAACUGUAUUGAAAACAGUACAAAACAAAAUUGUCAAAAACUCUGACAAAAUAAAAUCUUCAGAUACAACAAAUGUGAAGGAAUCCCAAUUACUUAAAACAUUAGAACAGUCAACACAAGUGAAUGAUUCAACAUUAAACACUUCAAUACAGUCACCCGACUCAAUUUCUAUCCUAGAAGACAACUGUGUCAAAGCUAUUGACAAAAUUGAAACAGUAUUAAUAAAGAAUGUUAAUGAAAAACUUUCUGUAGUAAUAAAAACUCACACAAUGGCAUUAGAAGAGCAAUCAAUCAUGCUAAAGCAAUGUAUGGCUGAAAUUCAAAACAAGCAGGUUAAUGCUACAUUAGAAAAAAAGGGACAAACAAGUUUAGAAACAGAAAACGUUAAAUUAAAGAGUAGGAUUGAUGCUUCACAAUUAAAGAUAGAAACAUUGAACAACAGCAUACAACAUUUAAGAUCAGACUACGAAUUAAAGUUAGAAAUGUCAAAAUCUGAAAUAAGUCAUCUCAGACAAGAUAAUCAAAAUCUUAAAGUCAAACUCAGUGGAACUCAGAAUGACUGUCAAGCCGAAAUUGACCACCUUCGUUAUAUCAUUAAAAGUAAGAAUGAAGAAAUAGAACGGCUUGAAGGGACAGCGAAGUCACUUAGAGAAACAAUUGACCAACAGCAAGACGCAAUUAUAUCCAUAAAGAUGCAACCACUACCUCAAAGAAGCUAUGAUUCUUAUGAUAAUUUUCAAAAUGUAGCUUCUACAUCAAAAGCUAAGGAUGUAAAUAAAUCCCCAAAUAAGGUGGAAACAAUUUCUAAAAACAAGAACCUCGAUACGGUGAAUAAACCAAAGUCAGAUGUCAAUCAGAAACCUAAAGUCAUUAUUGUGGGAACCUCUAAUACAAGUCGUUUAAACACAAAUUUCUUAUCCAAGAAUUUCACCACAACUAAAUACACAGCUUUCCACUUAGAAGACACAGCAAAAACUAUAGAGGAACUCAAAUUAUCUCCAGCACCUAAUGUUAUUGUAUUACAUUCAUUGACAAAUAGUUUAAAGGAUAACUCAGCAGAUAAUUGUGAUACAAAAUUGGACAACAUUGUUCAAACUACCAAUAAAAAGUGGCCUUCUUGCAAAGUUGUGAUCUCGCUUGCCACCGUUAGAAAAGACAAAGACACUUAUAACAACCAAGUGCACUUAGUCAAUGCCCUUGUGAGGAAUCAUUUUACAAAAUACAAUUUCGUCUCUCUAUGCGACAACGACAACCUAGCAACAAGAGGAAAACCUAUUGAUAGAUUUAUAAAAGACGACGGCUUCCAUUUAACAGAUCAAGGUGUUGCCCGUCUCGCAUCAAACAUUAAACGGUCAUGUGAAGAAAUACUUAACUGUCAACCAUCGACGAAGAGUUCCAAAAAACCUAACAAUUAUAACAACCAAAGAUACGGCUAUUAUUAUGGAGACUAUUGGGGUGACAGAUGGAACUAA